AUGCCUCACAUCCCGCUGACACCUCGAGAGGCACGCGGAGUACAUUGCUUCAAAAGGCUCAAGACGUAUGCCACCUUUCCAGAAGCACCUCAGGAGGAGGCUUCUCUCAGCAAUAGGCUCAAGACGUAUGCCAACUUUCCAGAAGCACCUCAGGAGGAGGCUUCUCUCAGCAAUAGGCUCAAGACGUAUGCCACCUUUCCAGAAGCACCUCAGGAGGAGGCUUCUCUCAGCAAUAGGCUCAAGACGUAUGCCACCUUUCCAGAAGCACCUCAGGAGGAGGCUUCUCUCAGCAAUAGGCUCAAGACGUAUGCCACCUUUCCAGAAGCACCUCAGGAGGAGGCUUCUCUCAGCAAUAGGCUCAAGACGUAUGCCACCUUUCCAGAAGCACCUCAGGAGGAGGCUUCUCUCAGCAAUAGGCUCAAGACGUAUGCCACCUUUCCAGAAGCACCUCAGGAGGAGGCUUCUCUCAGCAAUAGGCUCAAGACGUAUGCCACCUUUCCAGAAGCACCUCAGGAGGAGGCUUCUCUCAGCAAUAGGCUCAAGACGUAUGCCACCUUUCCAGAAGCACCUCAGGAGGAGGCUUCUCUCAGCAAUAGGCUCAAGACGUAUGCCAACUUCCCAGAAGCACCUCAGGAGGAGGCUUCUCUCAGCAAUAGGCUCAAGACGUAUGCCAACUUCCCAGAAGCACCUCAGGAGGAGGCUUCUCUCAGCAAUAGGCUCAAGACGUAUGCCAACUUCCCAGAAGCCCCUCAGGAGGAGGCUUCUCUCAGCAAUAGGCUCAAGACGUAUGCCAACUUCCCAGAAGCACCUCAGGAGGAGGCUUCUCUCAGCAAUAGGCUCAAGACGUAUGCCACCUUUCCAGAAGCACCUCAGGAGGAGGCUUCUCACAGCAAUAGGCUCAAGACGUAUGCCACCUUUCCAGAAGCACCUCAGGAGGAGGCUUCUCUCAGCAAUAGGCUCAAGACGUAUGCCACCUUUCCAGAAGCACCUCAGGAGGAGGCUUCUCUCAGCAAUAGGCUCAAGACGUAUGCCACCUUUCCAAAAGCACCUCAGGAGGAGGCUUCUCUCAGCAAUAGGCUCAAGACGUAUGCCACCUUUCCAGAAGCACCUCAGGAGGAGGCUUCUCUCAGCAAUAGGCUCAAGACGUAUGCCACCUUUCCAGAAGCACCUCAGGAGGAGGCUUCUCUCAGCAAUAGGCUCAAGACGUAUGCCACCUUUCCAGAAGCACCUCAGGAGGAGGCUUCUCUCAGCAAUAGGCUCAAGACGUAUGCCACCUUUCCAGAAGCAUCUCAGGAGGAGGCUUCUCUCAGCAAUAGGCUCAAGACGUAUGCCACCUUUCCAGAAGCACCUCAGGAGGAGGCUUCUCUCAGCAAUAGGCUCAAGACGUAUGCCACCUUUCCAGAAGCAUCUCAGGAGGAGGCUUCUCUCAGCAAUAGGCUCAAGACGUAUGCCACCUUUCCAGAAGCACCUCAGGAGGAGGCUUCUCUCAGCAAUAGGCUCAAGACGUAUGCCACCUUUCCAGAAGCAUCUCAGGAGGAGGCUUCUCUCAGCAAUAGGCUCAAGACGUAUGCCACCUUUCCAGAAGCACCUCAGGAGGAGGCUUCUCUCAGCAAUAGGCUCAAGACGUAUGCCACCUUUCCAGAAGCAUCUCAGGAGGAGGCUUCUCUCAGCAAUAGGCUCAAGACGUAUGCCACCUUUCCAGAAGCACCUCAGGAGGAGGCUUCUCUCAGCAAUAGGCUCAAGACGUAUGCCAACUUUCCAGAAGCACCUCAGGAGGAGGCUUCUCUCAACAAUAGGCUCAAGACGUAUGCCACCUUUCCAGAAGCACCUCAGGAGGAGGCUUCUCUCAGCAAUAGGCUCAAGACGUAUGCCACCUUUCCAGAAGCACCUCAGGAGGAGGCUUCUCUCAGCAAUAGGCUCAAGACGUAUGCCAACUUUCCAGAAGCACCUCAGGAGGAGGCUUCUCUCAACAAUAGGCUCAAGACGUAUGCCACCUUUCCAGAAGCACCUCAGGAGGAGGCUUCUCUCAGCAAUAGGCUCAAGACGUAUGCCACCUUUCCAGAAGCACCUCAGGAGGAGGCUUCUCUCAGCAAUAGGCUCAAGACGUAUGCCACCUUUCCAGAAGCACCUCAGGAGGAGGCUUCUCUCAACAAUAGGCUCAAGACGUAUGCCACCUUUCCAGAAGCACCUCAGGAGGAGGCUUCUCUCAGCAAUAGGCUCAAGCCGUAUGCCACCUUUCCAGAAGCACCUCAGGAGGAGGCUUCUCUCAGCAAUAGGCUCAAGACGUAUGCCACCUUUCCAGAAGCACCUCAGGAGGAGGCUUCUCUCAGCAAUAGGCUCAAGACGUAUGCCACCUUUCCAGAAGCACCUCAGGAGGAGGCUUCUCUCAGCAAUAGGCUCAAGACGUAUGCCACCUUUCCAGAAGCACCUCAGGAGGAGGCUUCUCUCAGCAAUAGGCUCAAGACGUAUGCCACCUUUCCAGAAGCACCUCAGGAGGAGGCUUCUCUCAGCAAUAGGCUCAAGACGUAUGCCACCUUUCCAGAAGCACCUCAGGAGGAGGCUUCUCUCAGCAAUAGGCUCAAGACGUAUGCCAACUUUCCAGAAGCACCUCAGGAGGAGGCUUCUCUCAGCAAUAGGCUCAAGACGUAUGCCAACUUUCCAGAAGCACCUCAGGAGGAGGCUUCUCUCAGCAAUAGGCUCAAGACGUAUGCCACCUUUCCAGAAGCACCUCAGGAGGAGGCUUCUCUCAGCAAUAGGCUCAAGACGUAUGCCAACUUUCCAGAAGCACCUCAGGAGGAGGCUUCUCUCAACAAUAGGCUCAAGACGUAUGCCACCUUUCCAGAAGCACCUCAGGAGGAGGCUUCUCUCAGCAAUAGGCUCAAGCCGUAUGCCACCUUUCCAGAAGCACCUCAGGAGGAGGCUUCUCUCAGCAAUAGGCUCAAGACGUAUGCCACCUUUCCAGAAGCACCUCAGGAGGAGGCUUCUCUCAGCAAUAGGCUCAAGACGUAUGCCACCUUUCCAGAAGCACCUCAGGAGGAGGCUUCUCUCAGCAAUAGGCUCAAGACGUAUGCCACCUUUCCAGAAGCACCUCAGGAGGAGGCUUCUCUCAGCAAUAGGCUCAAGACGUAUGCCAACUUUCCAGAAGCACCUCAGGAGGAGGCUUCUCUCAGUAAUAGGCUCAAGACGUAUGCCAACUUUCCAGAAGCACCUCAGGAGGAGGCUUCUCUCAGCAAUAGGCUCAAGACGUAUGCCAACUUUCCAGAAGCACCUCAGGAGGAGGCUUCUCUCAGCAAUAGGCUCAAGACGUAUGCCACCUUUCCAGAAGCACCUCAGGAGGAGGCUUCUCUCAGCAAUAGGCUCAAGACGUAUGCCACCUUUCCAGAAGCACCUCAGGAGGAGGCUUCUCUCAGCAAUAGGCUCAAGACGUAUGCCACCUUUCCAGAAGCACCUCAGGAGGAGGCUUCUCUCAGCAAUAGGCUCAAGACGUAUGCCACCUUUCCAGAAGCACCUCAGGAGGAGGCUUCUCUCAGCAAUAGGCUCAAGACGUAUGCCACCUUUCCAGAAGCACCUCAGGAGGAGGCUUCUCUCAGCAAUAGGCUCAAGACGUAUGCCACCUUUCCAGAAGCACCUCAGGAGGAGGCUUCUCUCAGCAAUAGGCUCAAGACGUAUGCCACCUUUCCAGAAGCACCUCAGGAGGAGGCUUCUCUCAGCAAUAGGCUCAAGACGUAUGCCACCUUUCCAGAAGCACCUCAGGAGGAGGCUUCUCUCAGCAAUAGGCUCAAGACGUAUGCCAACUUUCCAGAAGCACCUCAGGAGGAGGCUUCUCUCAACAAUAGGCUCAAGACGUAUGCCACCUUUCCAGAAGCACCUCCGGAGGAGGCUUCUCUCAGUAAUAGGCUCAAGACGUAUGCCACCUUUCCAGAAGCACCUCAGGAGGAGGCUUCUCUCAGCAAUAGGCUCAAGACGUAUGCCAACUUUCCAGAAGCACCUCAGGAGGAGGCUUCUCUCAACAAUAGGAUCAAGACGUAUGCCAACUUUCCAGAAGCACCUCAGGAGGAGGCUUCUCUCAACAAUAGGAUCAAGACGUAUGCCAACUUUCCAGAAGCACCUCAGGAGGAGGCUUCUCUCAACAAUAGGCUCAAGACGUAUGCCACCUUUCCAGAAGCACCUCAGGAGGAGGCUUCUCUCAGCAAUAGGCUCAAGACGUAUGCCACCUUUCCAGAAGCACCUCAGGAGGAGGCUUGUCUCAGCAAUAGGAUCAAGACGUAUGCCAACUUUCCAGAAGCACCUCAGGAGGAGGCUUCUCUCAACAAUAGGAUCAAGACGUAUGCCAACUUUCCAGAAGCACCUCAGGAGGAGGCUUCUCUCAACAAUAGGCUCAAGACGUAUGCCACCUUUCCAGAAGCACCUCAGGAGGAGGCUUCUCUCAGCAAUAGGCUCAAGACGUAUGCCACCUUUCCAGAAGCACCUCAGGAGGAGGCUUGUCUCAGCAAUAGGCUCAAGACGUAUGCCACCUUUCCAGAAGCACCUCAGGAGGAGGCUUCUCUCAGCAAUAGGCUCAAGACGUAUGCCACCUUUCCAGAAGCACCUCAGGAGGAGGCUUCUCUCAGCAAUAGGCUCAAGACGUAUGCCACCUUUCCAGAAGCACCUCAGGAGGAGGCUUCUCUCAGCAAUAGGCUCAAGACGUAUGCCAACUUUCCAGAAGCACCUCAGGAGGAGGCUUCUCUCAACAAUAGGCUCAAGACGUAUGCCACCUUUCCAGAAGCACCUCAGGAGGAGGCUUCUCUCAGCAAUAGGCUCAAGACGUAUGCCACCUUUCCAGAAGCACCUCAGGAGGAGGCUUCUCUCAGCAAUAGGCUCAAGACGUAUGCCAACUUUCCAGAAGCACCUCAGGAGGAGGCUUCUCUCAACAAUAGGCUCAAGACGUAUGCCACCUUUCCAGAAGCACCUCAGGAGGAGGCUUCUCUCAGCAAUAGGCUCAAGACGUAUGCCACCUUUCCAGAAGCACCUCAGGAGGAGGCUUCUCUCAGCAAUAGGCUCAAGACGUAUGCCACCUUUCCAGAAGCACCUCAGGAGGAGGCUUCUCUCAGCAAUAGGCUCAAGACGUAUGCCAACUUUCCAGAAGCACCUCAGGAGGAGGCUUCUCUCAACAAUAGGCUCAAGACGUAUGCCACCUUUCCAGAAGCACCUCAGGAGGAGGCUUCUCUCAGCAAUAGGCUCAAGACGUAUGCCACCUUUCCAGAAGCACCUCAGGAGGAGGCUUCUCUCAGCAAUAGGCUCAAGACGUAUGCCAACUUUCCAGAAGCACCUCAGGAGGAGGCUUCUCUCAACAAUAGGCUCAAGACGUAUGCCACCUUUCCAGAAGCACCUCAGGAGGAGGCUUCUCUCAGCAAUAGGCUCAAGACGUAUGCCAACUUUCCAGAAGCACCUCAGGAGGAGGCUUCUCUCAACAAUAGGCUCAAGACUUAUGCCACCUUUCCAGAAGCACCUCAGGAGGAGGCUUCUCUCAGCAAUAGGCUCAAGACGUAUGCCAACUUUCCAGAAGCACCUCAGGAGGAGGCUUCUCUCAACAAUAGGCUCAAGACGUAUGCCACCUUUCCAGAAGCACCUCAGGAGGAGGCUUCUCUCAGCAAUAGGCUCAAGACGUAUGCCAACUUUCCAGAAGCACCUCAGGAGGAGGCUUCUCUCAACAAUAGGCUCAAGACGUAUGCCAACUUUCCAGAAGCACCUCAGGAGGAGGCUUCUCUCAACAAUAGGCUCAAGACUUAUGCCACCUUUCCAGAAGCACCUCAGGAGGAGGCUUCUCUCAGCAAUAGGCUCAAGACGUAUGCCAACUUUCCAGAAGCACCUCAGGAGGAGGCUUCUCUCAACAAUAGGCUCAAGACGUAUGCCACCUUUCCAGAAGCACCUCAGGAGGAGGCUUCUCUCAGCAAUAGGCUCAAGACGUAUGCCACCUUUCCAGAAGCACCUCAGGAGGAGGCUUCUCUCAGCAAUAGGCUCAAGACGUAUGCCACCUUUCCAGAAGCACCUCAGGAGGAGGCUUCUCUCAGCAAUAGGCUCAAGACGUAUGCCAACUUUCCAGAAGCACCUCAGGAGGAGGCUUCUCUCAACAAUAGGCUCAAGACUUAUGCCACCUUUCCAGAAGCACCUCAGGAGGAGGCUUCUCUCAGCAAUAGGCUCAAGACGUAUGCCAACUUUCCAGAAGCACCUCAGGAGGAGGCUUCUCUCAACAAUAGGCUCAAGACUUAUGCCACCUUUCCAGAAGCACCUCAGGAGGAGGCUUCUCUCAGCAAUAGGCUCAAGACGUAUGCCACCUUUCCAGAAGCACCUCAGGAGGAGGCUUCUCUCAGCAAUAGGCUCAAGACGUAUGCCACCUUUCCAGAAGCACCUCAGGAGGAGGCUUCUCUCAGCAAUAGGCUCAAGACGUAUGCCACCUUUCCAGAAGCACCUCAGGAGGAGGCUUCUCUCAGCAAUAGGCUCAAGACGUAUGCCACCUUUCCAGAAGCACCUCAGGAGGAGGCUUCUCUCAGCAAUAGGCUCAAGACGUAUGCCACCUUUCCAGAAGCACCUCAGGAGGAGGCUUCUCUCAGCAAUAGGCUCAAGACGUAUGCCAACUUUCCAGAAGCACCUCAGGAGGAGGCUUCUCUCAACAAUAGGCUCAAGACGUAUGCCACCUUUCCAGAAGCACCUCAGGAGGAGGCUUCUCUCAGCAAUAGGCUCAAGACGUAUGCCACCUUUCCAGAAGCACCUCAGGAGGAGGCUUCUCUCAGCAAUAGGCUCAAGACGUAUGCCACCUUUCCAGAAGCACCUCAGGAGGAGGCUUCUCUCAGCAAUAGGCUCAAGACGUAUGCCAACUUUCCAGAAGCACCUCAGGAGGAGGCUUCUCUCAACAAUAGGCUCAAGACGUAUGCCACCUUUCCAGAAGCACCUCAGGAGGAGGCUUCUCUCAGCAAUAGGCUCAAGACGUAUGCCACCUUUCCAGAAGCACCUCAGGAGGAGGCUUCUCUCAGCAAUAGGCUCAAGACGUAUGCCACCUUUCCAGAAGCACCUCAGGAGGAGGCUUCUCUCAGCAAUAGGCUCAAGACGUAUGCCACCUUUCCAGAAGCACCUCAGGAGGAGGCUUCUCUCAGCAAUAGGAUCAAGACGUAUGCCAACUUUCCAGAAGCACCUCAGGAGGAGGCUUCUCUCAACAAUAGGCUCAAGACGUAUGCCACCUUUCCAGAAGCACCUCAGGAGGAGGAUUCUCUCAGCAAUAGGCUCAAGACGUAUGCCACCUUUCCAGAAGCACCUCAGGAGGAGGCUUCUCUCAGCAAUAGGCUCAAGACGUAUGCCACCUUUCCAGAAGCACCUCAGGAGGAGGCUUCUCUCAGCAAUAGGCUCAAGACGUAUGCCACCUUUCCAGAAGCACCUCAGGAGGAGGCUUCUCUCAGCAAUAGGCUCAAGACGUAUGCCAACUUUCCAGAAGCACCUCAGGAGGAGGCUUCUCUCAACAAUAGGCUCAAGACGUAUGCCAACUUUCCAGAAGCACCUCAGGAGGAGGCUUCUCUCAACAAUAGGCUCAAGACGUAUGCCACCUUUCCAGAAGCAUCUCAGGAGGAGGCUUCUCUCAGCAAUAGGCUCAAGACGUAUGCCAACUUUCCAGAAGCACCUCAGGAGGAGGCUUCUCUCAACAAUAGGCUCAAGACGUAUGCCAACUUUCCAGAAGCACCUCAGGAGGAGGCUUCUCUCAACAAUAGGCUCAAGACGUACGCCACCUUUCCAGAAGCAUCUCAGGAGGAGGCUUCUCUCAGCAAUAGGCUCAAGACGUAUGCCAACUUUCCAGAAGCACCUCAGGAGGAGGCUUCUCUCAACAAUAGGCUCAAGACGUAUGCCAACUUUCCAGAAGCACCUCAGGAGGAGGCUUCUCUCAACAAUAGGCUCAAGACGUAUGCCACCUUUCCAGAAGCACCUCAGGAGGAGGCUUCUCUCAGCAAUAGGCUCAAGACGUAUGCCACCUUUCCAGAAGCACCUCAGGAGGAGGCUUCUCUCAGCAAUAGGCUCAAGACGUAUGCCACCUUUCCAGAAGCACCUCAGGAGGAGGCUUCUCUCAGCAAUAGGCUCAAGACGUAUGCCACCUUUCCAGAAGCACCUCAGGAGGAGGCUUCUCUCAGCAAUAGGCUCAAGACGUAUGCCACCUUUCCAGAAGCACCUCAGGAGGAGGCUUCUCUCAGCAAUAGGCUCAAGACGUAUGCCAACUUUCCAGAAGCACCUCAGGAGGAGGCUUCUCUCAACAAUAGGCUCAAGACGUAUGCCACCUUUCCAGAAGCACCUCAGGAGGAGGCUUCUCUCAGCAAUAGGCUCAAGACGUAUGCCACCUUUCCAGAAGCACCUCAGGAGGAGGCUUCUCUCAGCAAUAGGCUCAAGACGUAUGCCACCUUUCCAGAAGCACCUCAGGAGGAGGCUUCUCUCAGCAAUAGGCUCAAGACGUAUGCCACCUUUCCAGAAGCACCUCAGGAGGAGGAUUCUCUCAGCAAUAGGCUCAAGACGUAUGCCACCUUUCCAGAAGCACCUCAGGAGGAGGCUUCUCUCAGCAAUAGGCUCAAGACGUAUGCCACCUUUCCAGAAGCACCUCAGGAGGAGGCUUCUCUCAGCAAUAGGCUCAAGACGUAUGCCACCUUUCCAGAAGCACCUCAGGAGGAGGCUUCUCUCAGCAAUAGGCUCAAGACGUAUGCCACCUUUCCAGAAGCACCUCAGGAGGAGGCUUCUCUCAGCAAUAGGCUCAAGACGUAUGCCAACUUUCCAGAAGCACCUCAGGAGGAGGCUUCUCUCAACAAUAGGCUCAAGACGUAUGCCAACUUUCCAGAAGCACCUCAGGAGGAGGCUUCUCUCAACAAUAGGCUCAAGACGUAUGCCAACUUUCCAGAAGCACCUCAGGAGGAGGCUUCUCUCAACAAUAGGCUCAAGACGUAUGCCACCUUUCCAGAAGCAUCUCAGGAGGAGGCUUCUCUCAGCAAUAGGCUCAAGACGUAUGCCAACUUUCCAGAAGCACCUCAGGAGGAGGCUUCUCUCAACAAUAGGCUCAAGACGUAUGCCACCUUUCCAGAAGCAUCUCAGGAGGAGGCUUCUCUCAGCAAUAGGCUCAAGACGUAUGCCAAGUUUCCAGAAGCACCUCAGGAGGAGGCUUCUCUCAACAAUAGGCUCAAGACGUAUGCCACCUUUCCAGAAGCACCUCAGGAGGAGGCUUCUCUCAGCAAUAGGCUCAAGACGUAUGCCAACUUUCCAGAAGCACCUCAGGAGGAGGCUUCUCUCAACAAUAGGCUCAAGACGUAUGCCAACUUUCCAGAAGCACCUCAGGAGGAGGCUUCUCUCAACAAUAGGCUCAAGACGUAUGCCACCUUUCCAGAAGCAUCUCAGGAGGAGGCUUCUCUCAGCAAUAGGCUCAAGACGUAUGCCAACUUUCCAGAAGCACCUCAGGAGGAGGCUUCUCUCAACAAUAGGCUCAAGACGUAUGCCAACUUUCCAGAAGCACCUCAGGAGGAGGCUUCUCUCAACAAUAGGCUCAAGACGUAUGCCAACUUUCCAGAAGCACCUCAGGAGGAGGCUUCUCUCAACAAUAGGCUCAAGACGUAUGCCACCUUUCCAGAAGCAUCUCAGGAGGAGGCUUCUCUCAGCAAUAGGCUCAAGACGUAUGCCACCUUUCCAGAAGCACCUCAGGAGGAGGCUUCUCUCAGCAAUAGGCUCAAGACGUAUGCCACCUUUCCAGAAGCAUCUCAGGAGGAGGCUUCUCUCAGCAAUAGGCUCAAGACGUAUGCCACCUUUCCAGAAGCACCUCAGGAGGAGGCUUCUCUCAGCAAUAGGCUCAAGACGUAUGCCACCUUUCCAGAAGCACCUCAGGAGGAGGCUUCUCUCAGCAAUAGGCUCAAGACGUAUGCCACCUUUCCAGAAGCACCUCAGGAGGAGGCUUCUCUCAGCAAUAGGCUCAAGACGUAUGCCAACUUUCCAGAAGCACCUCAGGAGGAGGUGUCUCUCAACAACAGGCUCAAGACGUAUGCCACCUUUCCAGAAGCACCUCAGGAGGAGGCUUCUCUCAGCAAUAGGCUCAAGACGUAUGCCACCUUUCCAGAAGCACCUCAGGAGGAGGCUUCUCUCAGCAAUAGGCUCAAGACGUAUGCCAACUUUCCAGAAGCACCUCAGGAGGAGGCUUCUCUCAACAAUAGGCUCAAGACGUAUGCCACCUUUCCAGAAGCACCUCAGGAGGAGGCUUCUCUCAGCAAUAGGCUCAAGACGUAUGCCACCUUUCCAGAAGCACCUCAGGAGGAGGCUUCUCUCAGCAAUAGGCUCAAGACGUAUGCCACCUUUCCAGAAGCACCUCAGGAGGAGGCUUCUCUCAGCAAUAGGCUCAAGACGUAUGCCACCUUUCCAGAAGCACCUCAGGAGGAGGCUUCUCUCAGCAAUAGGAUCAAGACGUAUGCCAACUUUCCAGAAGCAUCUCAGGAGGAGGCUUCUCUCAACAAUAGGCUCAAGACGUAUGCCACCUUUCCAGAAGCACCUCAGGAGGAGGCUUCUCUCAGCAAUAGGCUCAAGACGUAUGCCACCUAUCCAGAAGCACCUCAGGAGGAGGCUUCUCUCAGCAAUAGGCUCAAGACGUAUGCCACCUUUCCAGAAGCACCUCCGGAGGAGGCUUCUCUCAGUAAUAGGCUCAAGACGUAUGCCACCUUUCCAGAAGCACCUCAGGAGGAGGCUUCUCUCAGCAAUAGGCUCAAGACGUAUGCCACCUUUCCAGAAGCACCUCAGGAGGAGGCUUCUCUCAGCAAUAGGCUCAAGACGUAUGCCACCUUUCCAGAAGCACCUCAGGAGGAGGCUUCUCGCAGCAAUAGGCUCAAGACGUAUGCCACCUUUCCAGAAGCACCUCCGGAGGAGGCUUCUCUCAGUAAUAGGCUCAAGACGUAUGCCACCUUUCCAGAAGCACCUCAGGAGGAGGCUUCUCUCAGCAAUAGGCUCAAGACGUAUGCCACCUUUCCAGAAGCACCUCAGGAGGAGGCUUCUCUCAGCAAUAGGCUCAAGACGUAUGCCACCUUUCCAGAAGCACCUCAGGAGGAGGCUUCUCUCAGCAAUAGGCUCAAGACGUAUGCCACCUUUCCAGAAGCACCUCAGGAGGAGGCUUCUCUCAGCAAUAGGCUCAAGACGUAUGCCAAAUUUCCAGAAGCACCUCAGGAGGAGGCUUCUCAGAAAUAG